AGAAUGGCUUCAUCAAACUGUGCAAUUCUCCGCCGGUGACCACCGUCUCCGUGGCCACGCACCGUCUUACUCUUGCUUAUUUACUGUACUGCUUACCUGCCAUGGAUGAUACCCAGUCAGUUGCUUUGCUCUUAGCUUCAACAAACUCUAAAAUACAACAACUUCAGAAAGCAUUUGCUGAGCUAGAAAGUCACCGAGCUGUAACCCUUAACUUGAAAUGGAAAGAAAUUGAGGACCAUUUUCAUGGGCUUGAGAAGUCCUUAAAGAGGCGUUUUACUGUGCUUGAAGACCAAGAAAAGGAGUUUGAAACAAAAACAGUUCAAUCGCAACAAGUGUUGGAGAAGCGUCAAGCUGCUGUUUUCACCAAGGAAGAAGCUUCAUUGGUGAAGCUUCAAGAAAAGAGAGAUUCUGCUGUCACUGCUAUCGCUUACACUUUAGGCAAACACAGAAACGGAAAUAUAGACCAAGAUUGUGCUAGCUUUGUGGAAGAAAAACAAUCUAUGCCUGAAUGUACCAUAAAUAGUAUGCAAAAGUUAACUGAAAAUGAUGUGGAAAAGCUGUCUAAUCCCCAACUUGUUCAAUUAUGCAAGAAGAUGGAUUCUGGAGGGCUGCACAAAUUCAUAUCAGAUAAUCGUAAGAAUCUUGCUUCCAUAAAGAGCGAGAUUCCAAUUGCAUUAAAAGCUGCAGCCGAUCCUGGUGGCCUGGUCUUAGAUUCACUCAAUGGUUUCUACAUAGAUGGGAAAAAAGAUUCGAAUCUUUUAGGUCUGCAAAGAACAUGUAUCAUGUUGAUGGAGUGUCUUAGCCUCCUGUUAACAAAUCUAGAUGCAAAUACAGUCUGCAAGUUAAUCUCUGAUGACGUGAAGGCCCGUGCAAAGGUUAUUGCUGAAGAUUGGAAGUCCAAAUUAAACGAUCUUGAUGUGGAUGCUAGCAAUGGGAACUCAUUGGAGGCUCAUGCUUUCUUACAACUUGUUGCUACGUUUGGUAUUGAUUCUGAUUUUGUUCAGAACGAUUUGUCCAUGUUGAUACCAAUGGUAUCUCGUCGUCGCCAGACGGCUGAUCUUUGCCGCUUUCUUGGAUUGUCCAAGAAUAUGCCAGAUGUAAUUGAUGUGUUAGUCAAUAGUGGAAGGCAUAUCGAUGCCGUUAACCUAGCAUUUGCAUUCGAGCUUACUGAGCAGUUUGCUCCUGUUUCAUUGUUGAAAUCCUACCUGAUCGAGGCAAAACGACAUUGUUCUCCCACUACACAGAAUGAUGCCAGUGAAAAAGAGCUGUCUGCUCUGAAAGCUGUCAUCAAAUGCAUCGAAGAUCACAAGCUCGAAGAUCAGUACCCCUCGGACCCACUACAAAAACGGAUUCUUCAGCUGGAGAAGGCCAAGGCCGACAAGAAACGAGCCACAGAAGUUUCGAAACCUCAACUCAAAAGACCCCGAGCCAAUGGCGUAGCUGGAUAUGGGCCUCGUAACACCAACAUUGCUGCCGACAAGAACUUUUACCCUCGAAUGACCAAUAGGUACGCACCACCAACGCAGUCCAUGUAUGACACCAGACCCUAUGGCUACCCUGCGGCAGCUGAGAACCACAUUCCGUUAUUUAUUGGCGGUGUUACGUGUGGUGGGGCCGUUCCAGAGGGUGGUGUAUACCCGUUUUUGGGCGGUGUUACAUACAACAUGGGUCCUAACCAUGGGAAUUACUUUGGAAACGGUUACCAGUAUCAGGCUCCUUAUAUCCACCAAGUUUGUAGGCACGGUACGUGAUCGAACCCUGAUUAUGAUCAUCUAAUCAUCUUUAACUUUUAGGUGUAAAGGUGUUAACCCUUUUAAAGUUAAUCAGAUUUUCGAUUUUAAC